CUUAACUCCGAAUACAAGUCACAAGCAUACUAAAGGCCUAGUGCUGCUGGCUUUGAUAGGUUUUUUUUUUUAAUACAAAUAUAAACAUAUUUAAUUUUCAUUUUCAUUAGCUUUUUGACUUGGAGAUUUUUUUUUUUUAAAACAUGCUUUCUAUUGCUCGAAAAGCAGUGAUACCUAGUGUUACUUCUCGUAUCGUACAAGGAACAAUUAGACCUAUUGUUCUUGCACCUGGACAACAAUUAAGUCAAAGACGUCAAUACUAUAAUGAAAAUACUAAUAAAGCAGAGAAGGAAACCAUUACUAAACUGUUGUAUAAUAUCGGUUCUCGUAAAGAAGUUGAGCAAUAUCUUCGUCAUUUCUCAUCUGUAGAAUCUCAAAAAUUUGCUGUUAUUAAAGUGGGUGGUGCUGUUUUAACUGAUGAGCUUGAAACACUUGCAUCUGCCUUGACCUUUUUAAAUAGAGUUGGACUUUAUCCUAUUGUUCUCCACGGAGCAGGGCCCCAAUUAAAUCGUUUAUUAGAAGAAGCAGAGGUCGAACCUCAGUACGAAGAAGGUAUUCGUAUUACUGACGCUCAAACACUUGAAAUUGCUCGUAAGGUUUUUAUGGCUGAAAACUUGAAGCUUGUAGAUGCCCUUGAACGUCACGGAACACGCGCCAGACCCAUUCCUGGCGGCGUAUUUGUAGCUGACUAUCUUGAUAAGAACAAGUAUGGAUAUGUGGGGAAAAUCACAGGCAUUAAUAAGGAAGUUAUUGAAUCUUCUAUUCGUUCUGGUGCUCUUCCUAUCUUAACCUCUCUCGCUGAAACUCCAUCUGGUCAAAUUUUGAAUGUAAAUGCUGAUGUUGCUGCUGCUGAAUUAGCUACUGUCUUGGAACCUUUGAAGAUUGUCUUUUUGAAUGAAAAAAAUGGUCUUUAUCAUGGUGUUACUGGUAAAAAAAUUGAUGUGAUUAACUUGGACGAGGAAUAUGAAGACCUUCUCAAAGAACCUUGGGUUAAGUAUGGUACUAAGCUCAAGAUCAAACAAUGUAAAGAGCUUUUAGAUGGACUUCCUCGAUCCUCAUCAGUGGCUAUUAUUUCUGCUGGUCAUCUACAUAAGGAGUUAUUCACUGAUUCUGGUGCUGGAACAUUGAUUCGUCGUGGUCAUAAGCUCUUUAAAUACAAUAAACUCGAUCAAGUGGAUCCUGAUAAAAUUCGUCGCAUUAUGGAAGCUGAAGAUUCCUCAAUCAAAUCAAAUGAGAGCUCAGUUGCUAGCUAUAUUCGUUCUCUUCAACAAAAGGAUAUUGCUAUUUAUACAGAUGAGCCAGGACAAAUAUUAGCUAUUAUCACUAAAGAUCCUACUGAUCCUUCAAAGCCUGCUGUUCUUGAAAAGCUCUUGACUACUAAGACUGCUGUCUUGAAUAAUGUUCCUGAAAAUUUGUGGAAUUCUAUCCGUAAAGAUUAUGAAAGUUUGACAUGGAAAUUGGAUACAAAAUCAAAGGAUGGUAAUCUUGAUCCCUCAUGGCACUUUGAACGUGCUGAUGGCUCCCUUAAAAACAGUCAUGACAAUUCAAUCACUUUCUUUUAUGGUAUUGAUGACACUGAAAAGAUGAAACAAACUUUCAAUAGUAUUGCUGGUAAGAAAGCAACUGUUCCUGUUGGUAUCCGAAAAUAUUCUACUCUCCAUCGUAACUCAUUCCAAUCUCGUCGUAGCUUCACCAGCGCCUCACGCCCCAAAAAUGUUGGAUUGAUUGGUGCCCGUGGAUAUACAGGCCGUGAACUCAUUCAUCUGAUCAAUAGUCACCCUCAAUUAAAUUUAUCACACGUGAGUUCACGUGAAUUAGAAGGAAAGAGACUAGAUGGAUAUACAAAAGCUGAUUUACAAUAUGUUAAUUUGAAACCUGAAGAUCUUAAGGCUCAAGAAGAAGUAGAUGCUUGGGUCCUUGCUUUACCUAAUGGUGUAUGUACACCUUUUGUUAAGCAAAUAAAUGAAGAUGUCCAAUCUGCCCAAUCAUCUGAGAAAGUUUUGGUUGAUUUGAGUGCUGAUCACCGAUUCGAUAGUACAUGGGCUUAUGGACUACCAGAAUUUAAUCGUAACAACCUCAAGGGUGCUACUCGUAUUGCUAACCCUGGCUGUUAUGCUACUGGAACUCAAAUGUCCCUUCGUCCUCUUCUACCUUUCCUUGAUAAGUAUGCCGCUCCUACUGUCUUUGGUGUAUCUGGCUAUUCUGGUGCUGGUACGAAACCUUCCCCUAAAAAUGACCCUACCUUUUUAAAGGACAAUUUAAUCCCAUAUUCUUUAACAAAUCAUAUUCAUGAACGUGAGGUAUCUUAUCAACUUGGCAUCUCUGUUAAUUUCAUUCCACAUGUGGCCUCUUGGUUCCAAGGUAUUGCUCUAACUAUCAAUGCUCCAUUAGAUAAAGCAAUGACAAGCCAAGAUAUCAAAACUGUGUUUGAAGAAUUUUAUCAAAAUGAGAAACUUGUAAAGGUUUUAGAAACUGGUGAACCUCUCGUUCGAGAUAAUGCUGGUAAACAUUAUGUUCGUAUUGGUGGUUUUAAUGUUCAUCCUGAGGGUCGUCGUGUGGUGAUUACAAGUACGAUUGAUAACUUACUAAAGGGUGCUGCUACUCAAGCACUUCAGAACUUGAAUUUGGCUUUAGGUUUUGAAGAAUAUACAGGCAUUCCUCUUGAUUAAAAAAAAAAAAA